AUGAUGCUAUUCGGAGCAGUAUCCUAUCUCUUCACACUCUUUAUCUACGCUCAACUUACUACAGUAGCUUGGAGUUACAGUGAUAAGGCAUGUUGCAAGAGAGCCCUCGAGGAAAACGCCUUUGUCUCCCUCAACAAUGGCGCCGCUUUUAAGGAUAGCAUCGUCUGCGGACAGGUCUACAACGAGUCUUCUCCCGCCGCACCAGAUGCUUACGUUACGUACAACUUCUGCAAAAGCGAAUGUGGCGGCUGGGGUGUCUCCAGCGUCGAAAACGCGGACCAGUGGGCUGGGCCGAUUGUCCAGUUUAUUCUUCCAUCCGUCAUCUUCAGCAUGAACAUCCCUAGAACGUUCGAAUUCGUUUCAUCCCAGUGGCCCGACAUUCUAGUCUUGAGCAAUCUACGUGGUUGGAAACGAGCAUUAUUGUCGCUCGUAAUGACAUUUCCGGCACUGCUGUUUGUUUUCGCCGACACUGUUGUAUGGGUUAUGACUAUCAUGUGCAUGGCAGGUCCGAUGAUGGUUGCCGGCCUGCAUGAAGCACUGCUCGACUUCAAGAUACUGGAGGCAUUGAAGAGAAGGAAUUACAUACCUGAUCCGCCGAGGGUAUCUGAAGAAAUUCCUCUGAAUCCUAUGGGCGACAGUGUGUUUGUAAACAACGUGGCUGGUGAAAUUGAGCUCCAUAACCAUGGUGAAGACUUCGAUGGGUUAAGGGAGAAGGUAGAGCUCCUGGUGAUCGUCCUUGCUGGCAACCUUCGACUCAAGGCCUACGGACCAUGGACUGACAACCUUGUGUUGAUUUCUGAGACGCUACUGGCUACAAAAGGACGUCGGUUUAACGCCAUGAGAUCGCUUCCUGCCCAGACACCUUCAGACCUACCGUCAUCACACGGAACACCCAUAUUACCCAACACUGAGGCGAACCAGAACUAUUCCAGCUUAUCCGAGCAGCUCAAGAGGCUCAUGACGGCGCAGUCUGCUUUCGGCGCCAUCGUCGGUGCAGCGGUCGUCUUCUACCUCGGUGCCUUCAUCUACACUAUCCUGGAUCUACUAGGCGAUAAGAGUAACCAAGAUGCCGCCAUCUCUCUGGCGUUUGGUGUCGAAUGGAUGAUCAUCGUGCAUGUCGCAAUUGUCAACGGGUUUCUUCUUGCCAGCAAUAACCCUAGUCCAGUCACCAUGCUCAUCGGGCGACCGCCUUCAACUCGCAAGCCUCGCGAGAUUUUCCCUCCCAUCUACGACGGUAUACUACAGCCAGUGUUUAUGUGGCGGCGGGGGGUUAAUAAGAUGGAGUGGCUCGAGAAGUCCAGAGCGUGGCGGCGUGGCGAUCAGAGAUUCAUGAAUGACGUCCGAAUCAAGAACCGGGAUUAUCUGGGCUGGAUCGCAAUCCCCACCAUCAUUCUCAUUUCCCUACCGCCGGCGGCAGGGGCCGUGGUAGCAUGGCAGACUCCCCCACGGGGUUGGGGCUGCAGGUCACUGUGUUUUGUCACGUAUGCAGGUUUCCAGAUGGUCCUUACUCCGUUGUACUUUUUCAUCACACGUAAGACGGCUCGGAAGACAACACUGCAGCGCGUCAUCCACUAUUUCUGCGUUAUGGUGUUCAGCGUAACGGUUCUGCUAGCUCUUUUUACUAGCAUCGCGACGACUCUCAUGCAGAUCAUUGGGGUCUUUCGGAACUGCUUCUGCUACGUCAACAGCGGGAUGUGGCUCAAUCUGAACAACGCUAUCGUUAAUGUGGCUUCUGACACGAAGAACCGGAGAAAUUCGAGCGAUGGGUGGAUUGUGAUGGGCGGAGUUGCCACUGCUUUCAUGGCGGUGUGCUCUUUUUUCGGAUGUUGGUUUCAGAUGAACAUCCGGGUCAGUUUUGAGGAUGCGAUUAAGGAUAUCGAUGAGUUGUUUUAA